AUGAAUAUGCCAUUGCUUGCAUUCUUAUUUCUCCUUGCCUUGAGUAGGAAGCAACUGCUUGGUGCGGCUGCUCCUGCACCCGAGCAAGUGGUUGAUACAUCCGGUAACAUCGUUCGAGCCGGUUUAAAUUACUAUAUUGUCCCUACAUACCCUAAUGCCGGCGGGCUCACCCUUGCCAGCACAAACGCCGACGAUUGCCCUCUUGACAUCCUGGUUGUGGAUGGAUACCAAGGCCUUCCACUAAUGUUCCAACCUGUUAAUAUCAAGAAAGGUGUUGUUCGUGUUAACACAGAUCUCAAUAUCUAUUCUCCGUAUAAUACGGAUUGUGGGUCCGCAGUGUGGAGGCUCAAGGACUAUAACUAUGAAAUUCGACAGCAGUUUGUUACCAUUAAUGGUGUUUUAGGAAAUCCUGGAGCUGACACCAUUGCAGAUUGGUUCAAGAUUGAGAAGUACGAGGAUGCUUAUAAAUUGGUUUAUUGUCCAAGUGUUUGCAAUGCUUGUUAUUACCGAUGCAGCGAUUUAGGAAUUUAUGAAGACCAGUGGGGUAAGCGUCUAGCUUUCAGCAAUGUGCCACUCAAAGUUCAGUUUCAUUAUCGUGCCUGA